AUGUCAGACCGAGACGGGACCCCGCUCCCCGUCAUCAUCGUUGGCGCCGGCGUCAGCGGCCUGCUGCUGGCCCAGCACCUGCGCAAGACCGACGUGCCCUUCCGCCUCUACGAACGCGACGCCGACUUCACCACGCGCGGCGUCGGCUGGGGCCUGACGCUGCACUGGUCGCUGCCGGCGCUGCGGUCCCUGCUGCCGGAGGACCUCGUCGCGCGGCUGCCGGACGCGUACGUCGACCGCGCCGCCGUCGCGCGGGGCGAAGCCUCGGCGUUCCCCUUCUUCGACCUCAGCACCGGCGAGCUGAAGGGCGCCGGCCCGCGGGCGCCCGAAAGCCUGCGGAUCAGGGUGACGCGGGAGAGGUUGCGGCGGUUGCUUGCGACGGGUGUGGAUAUUCAGGUACUGUUGUCUCGUGUUUCCUACACUCCAACCUCGAACACGCAGUGGGAGAAGAGCUUCGCCAAGGUCGAGGAGAAGCAGGAUUCCGUCGUCGUCUCAUUCAACGACGGCUCGUCGGUGGCCGGCCGAGUGCUCGUGGCAUGCGACGGGGGCCAGUCUCGAGUCCGCCGGCAGAUGUUCCCGGACCAGUACGAAGGGCACCGGAUCCCGGUCCGGCUGCUCGGCCUCAAGUUGCUCCUGUCGCCGGAUCAGAUGGCGCCGAUUCGGAAGCUGGACCCUUUCUUCCUGCAAGGGACAUCGUCUCGCGAUGAUACGUUUGUCUAUCUCAGCAUUCUCGACGCCCCCGGCAACAACGACGAGAGCACGGGGGAGUACAGCUGCCAGAUGUGCAUCUCGUGGCCGGACCGUCCGGGGUUCCUGGGCAAGGCAGCGCCGACGGGCUACCCGCAGACGAACGACGGCAAGAUCGAGCUCAUCAAGUCGUUCGCAGAGGGCUGGUCGGAGCCGUUCCGUGGGCUCGCGCUUGGUAUUCCCGCCGGUACGGAUGUGAAGGACCUCGACCUCUACGACUACGCGCCGCCCAAGGGACUGAGGUCCAAGGGGAGGGCGAUGUUGAUGGGUGAUGCCUUUCACGCUAUGGCGAUGUACCGAGGUGAGGGCGCGAACCACGCCAUCAUCGACGUGCUGGACUUCGCCGAGACGGUGGCGCCCGCUCUGAACGCGGGCUUCGCGGAGCUUCGGGCCGCCAUGGACGCCUACGAGGACCGCGUCGUCGCACGCGCCCGGCCCGGCGUGCUGGCUUCGCGCCGGGCCUGUUUGGACGCGCACGACUGGCCCAGGAUCAGCCCCGCGAGCCCCUUACUGAGCAAGCGGGAGAUGAUGCUUCAGUUUGAUGAGGAGUAG